GAAAAGUGUCGCUUCUGACCAGGGGGGUUCACAACCCAUGAUUUUCAAACGCUCAAGUGCAUCUCGGAAGCCGACUUCCGCCUUUAAUGCCAACCGCCAAUGAAGAUGUAAAAAUUAAAGCUUAAUUCAUCGAUCCAUGCUCAUCGUAGUUUUGCACCGAUAAUGCGGACGGACUUUACGAUUUCUUCAGUACUCGUAUCGAAACUCUACUUCAUAACUAGACAGUGUUUCUUACUCUCAUGAGCCCCUUCAUACAAAUGUUUCUACUGAUGUCAUUCGUCACCAUUUCAAUUGAUAGGUUUUCAAUAUUAUCAACGGGUAGCGCUAUGAAUAUGAUAUAAAUAUCUUUUAUCCAUCGAUCUUAUCUUCAUUUCCAAAAAGAAAACAUGUUUCGGACCUCCGAUCUCGUCAUUGAACGGACCCCGCCAUUACCACAAAUGAACGAUAAUGAAAACGUGAAAGAUGGGAAAGAAAUAGAUUGUUCUCAAGAAUCCAAUUCAAUCAAUUGCACGAUUGAUGAAGGAAAGAAACAGAGAUUUUCUAAGAUAAACGAGAAUAGGAUAAUGAAGUUCUUUUGGGGUAUGGUUACUUAUACGCCGAAGAGAUGUCGAUAUGAUGUAGAUGAACCGCCAAAAUUCAGCUUGUGGAUGAAUUUGCUUUUUGCUUUUGCUUGUACUUUCACGGUGGCAAAUCUUUAUUACAGUCACCCUAUUCUUAAUAUCUUAGCCGCAGAAUUCAAUGUCACCAAUGAACGCGCAUCAAUUAUUCCAACCGUAAUGCAAGCAGGUUAUGCAUCUGGACUGUUGCUUCUAUGUCCACUAGGAGAUAUCUUCAAGCGACGUACAUUCGUAUUGUCAUUGGUAUUCUUUACUGCGACUAUGGUACGUUUACUUGGAAAGACUUUUAUAUACUGUUUUCAUGAUGAAACAUUCGCAAUGUGCUCUUGUAUUGACUCAGGUUCAUCUUAAUAGUGGCUUGGUUUAUGCCUCACAAACUCAUUUUCUGUUUUUGUUGGAAUAUCUUUCAUCACGGCACUUACUACGGUUACUCCACAACUCAUGCUCCCUUUAGUAGGGGAUUUAGCACCGCCAAAUCGCAGAGCAACUUGCUUGGCUAUUGUUUCCUCCGGUCUACUACUUGGUUUGCUGAUCGCUCGUUUGCUUUCUGGUAUUCUAACACAAUACACUACUUGGCGAACAAUCUACUGGUUUUCCUUCGGUGUCCAAUAUCUUAUCUUCAUCCUUCUCUACUUUUUCAUGCCCGACUACCCAAGCACCAAUCCGGGAUCUUUCAAUUACUUCUUCCACCUACUCAGUAUUAUUCGUUUACUCUUCAAACAUCCCCUUCUAGUUCAAGCAUCUUUAAUCGGCUUCUGCACCUCCACAAUCUUCACCUCUUACUGGACAACCCUCACAUUCCUCCUCUCCUCUCCUCCCUACUCCUUCUCCCCCGUCCCCAUUGGUCUCUUCGCCCUCAUCGGCAUCGUCACCUUCAUCCUCGGCCCCAUCUACUCCCGUAUCAUCAUCGAUAAAUUCAUCCCCCUCUUCAGCGUCAUCCUAGGCCUUCUCUACUGUUUCAUCGGCGUCGUCAUCGGUACCUAUACUGGAGAAUUCACCCUUGCGGGUCCAAUUCUCCAAGCCAUCUUCAUGGACCUAGGCAUCCAAACCGCGCAGAUUGCGAAUCGAAGCGCGAUUUAUGGGAUCGAUCCAAAAGCGAGGAAUAGAGUUAAUACGGCGUAUAUGUUGAUGGUUUUUUCGGGGCAGCUCACAGGGACGGCGGUAGGAAAUCGAUUGUAUGCCAGGGGAGGUUGGGUGGUGAGUGGGAGUGCUGGGGUGGGCUUUGUGGGGUUGGGGUUGGGGCUUUGUUUCUUGAGGGGGCCGUGGGAGAAGGGGUGGGUGGGGUGGGGUGGGGGAUGGGGGAUUAGGAGGAGGGAUUUGAGGGUUGGGGGGGUGGUGGAGAAGAGGGGGGUAGGAGAGAGGGGAGGAGAGAAUGUUCAUGCUGGUGCUGGUGCUGGUAAUAGGGUUUUGGAGAUGGGGGAUGGGGAAAGACAUGGAGAAGUUGGAGUUGUACCUUGUCGUGUGAGUUCUAUACGGGAAUCGUAGAUUGAGGGUUUGGGAAACGAGGGGGGUUGGGAAAAUCAGAUGGAAACUCGGUGUGAUAUCUUGAAUGAGAUUCUGCUAUCUAUGAAGAUAUUUGAGGGUCUGAAAUUGAUUAUAUGGAUUAUAUUUAUGAUGUGAUAUGAUAUGAUAUUGAUGAAUGAGAUGAAGAUGAGGAAGAGGAAGAGGAAGAGGAAGAAUGUGUAUAUUCGUGAUAUGGAGAUAUAUAUAUAUAUUUAUAGUUGAAUAGCACUAUAAUCUCUUUCUUCCUAUUAUUGAUGCAGAGAAGUUGGGUUUCUGUAUAAUCAGAAACGGAUAUAGAUUUUGCUUGUUUUGAAGGAUUUUCUGAGGUAGGAGGGAGGAGGGAGAAGGAAAAGAUUUAUGAUUAUGAGGAUUAGAUUGAGUUGAGCUGGGUUGGGUUGGAUUGAAGGAUUUGAUUUGAUUUGGGAAUCCUUCUUUUGUGUUUGAGUCGUUUUUGUAGCA